AUGGAGAUGGAAAAAGAUGUCCAGCCCUUACCACCGCGGUACAGGUUUCGAGACCUGCUAAUGGGGGACUGGCAGCAGGAUGACAGGGUCCAAGUAGAAUUUUAUGUGAAUGAGAACUCCUUCAAGGAACGUCUGAAACUGUUCUUUAUUAAAAAUCAGAGAUCAAGUUUGAGGGUCAGAUUGUUUAACUUCUUUCUAAAGUUGCUGAGUUGCCUUCUGUACAUUAUACGAGUAUUAUUGGAUGAUCCAAGAGAAGGCAAAGUCAACUGCUUGGACUGCCCCAAACAGAACUACUCUUCUCAGCAUAAAUUCGAUUGGACUCCUAUUAUUUGGGUAAACAGGCCCGUCCCUUUGUGGGGUCUUCAGGUUCUAGUUGCGUUAAUAAGCUUUAUGGAAACAAUGCUCCUUACCUACCUGGGAUAUAAGGGCAACAUCUGGGAGCAGCUGCUCAGAUUCCCCUUCAUUCUUGAGAUGUUCAAUACUCUGCCGUUCUUUGUCACUGUUCUCUGGCCGACCUUGAGAAGCCUUUACAUCCCCGUCUUUCUCAACUGCUGGCUGGCAAAGCACGCUCUGGAGAACAUGAUUAAUGAUUUGCAUCGUGCAAUCCAGAGGACUCACUCCGCCAUGUUCAAUCAAGUAUUCAUCCUGAUUUGCACUCUGGUCUGCCUUAUGUUCACCUGCAUUUGUGGCAUUCAACAUCUGGAGAGAGCUGGCAAUAACCUUACCCUUUUUGACUCGUUAUACUUCUGCAUAGUCACGUUCUCCACCGUGGGCUUCGGCGACGUGACUCCCAAGAUCUGGCCAUCUCAGCUUCUGGUGGUCAUCAUGAUCUGCGUUGCCUUGAUAGUACUACCUAUACAGUUUGAGCAGCUUGUGUUCCUCUGGAUGGAGAGACAGAAGUCCGGAGGCAAUUACAGCCGAUACCGUGCACAGACGGAGAAACAUGUGGUGCUGUGUGUCAGCUCCCUAAAAAUAGAUCUUCUCAUGGAUUUCCUGAAUGAAUUCUACGCACAUCCCCGACUACAGGAUCAUUAUGUCGUUCUCCUGUGUCCUACUGAAAUGGAUCUUCCGGUAAGAAGAGUCUUACAGAUCCCCCUGUGGUCCCAACGAGUCAUCUAUCUGCAGGGCUCGGCGCUGAAGGAUCAAGAUCUCAUGAGAGCCAAAAUUGAUGACGCAGAAGCCUGCUUCAUUCUCAGCAAUCGCUUUGAAACCGACCGCAUCGCAGCUGAUCACCAGACCAUUCUCCGAGCCUGGGCCGUAAAAGAUUUUGCUCCUAAUUGUCCUCUUUAUGUCCAGAUACUGAAGCCAGAAAACAAGUUUCAUAUCAAAUUUGCAGAUCAUGUGGUCUGUGAAGAAGAAUUUAAGUAUGCCAUGUUGGCGCUCAACUGUGUUUGCCCAGCAACCUCCACCCUCAUCACAUUACUGAUACACACCUCUAGGGGGCAAGAUAAUCCCACGUCGCCUGAUCAGUGGCAGAGGAACUACAGCCGAUGCUCUGCCAACGAAAUCUACCACAUACGCCUGAGCGAGAGCAAAUUCUUUGGAGAAUAUGAGGGGAAGAGCUUCACAUACUCCUCCUUCCACGCUCAUAAAAAGUAUGGUGUUUCCUUGAUUGGAGUCUGCCGAGAAGAUAAGACCAAUAUUCUUCUGAAUCCUGGGCCCAGCCAUACAAUGUCUUCAUCCGACACUUGUUUCUACAUCAACAUAUCUAAGGAGGAAAACUCAGCCUUCAGCUUAAAGGAGCAUGAAAACCUGCAGAGAUCUGGGGAGGCCAAAUCUGCCUACCAUGGUCUGAAUAGACUCCCUGUGCACAGUAUAAUAGCCAGCAUGGGUACAGUCGCCAUUGAUCUCCAGGGGUCAAGAAGCCCAGAGAAUACAGACAGUAAUAUGCUGAGCCCACCCGCCAACCCCGCCCAGAAAAGAAAGCACAGCAUCGAUCCUGUACCCGACCUCAUUGAUGGGGAAACAAACACUACCUUUGACCUCCUGAGUGACCAGUCCGAGGAUGAGACCAGUCAGUCAGAUGAUGAACUGGGCUCAUUUAAUGACUGGGUGAAGGGAUAUCCUGCCAACACUCCGUACAUUGGUAGCUCACCCACUCUCUGCCAUCUCCUCCACCAGAAGAAUCCAUAUUGCUGCUUGCGCCUUGAUAAGAGCUGCCACCAUUUCCCAUAUGAGGAUGCGAGGGCUUACGGCUUCAGGAACGCCCUGGUGAUUGUGUCCGCUGAACGAGCAGGCAAUGGGCUGUAUAACUUCAUAGUCCCGCUGAGGGCGUAUUACAGAGCCAAGAAGGAACUGAGCCCCAUCAUCCUUCUCCUGGAGAACCCACCUGAUACGCAGUUCCUUGAAGCUAUCUGCUGGUUCCCACUUGUCUAUUACAUGGUGGGGUCCAUUGACAAUCUUGACGACCUGCUGCGUUGCGGUGUGAGUUACGCCACUCACAUGGUGGUUGUGGGCGAGGAAAGCUCGAUGGUUGCAGAGGAAGAUUAUAUGGCUGAUGCCCGGACCAUAGUCAAUGUACAAACACUUUUUAGAUUGUUCCCUGGGCUGAACAUUAUCACAGAAUUAACACAUCCAGCAAACAUGAGAUUCAUGCAGUUCAAAGCUAAGGACAAGUACUCAGUGGUGCUGUCUAAGCUGGAGAAGAGGGAACGUGAACGGGGCUCUAACCUGGUCUUCAUGUUCAGACUGCCCUUUGCUGCUGGGAAGGUCUUCAGCGUCAGCAUGCUAGAUACUCUUCUAUAUCAGUCCUUUGUGAAGGAUUACAUGAUCUCCAUCACACGUCUGUUACUUGGUCUGGACUCUAUGCCCGGCUCCGGUUUCUUGUGUGCGCUCCGAGUCACAGAAGAAGACCUUUGGAUUCGUUGCUAUGGGCGUCUCUAUCAGAAGUUGUGUUCUACUACUGGCGAAAUACCUAUUGGAAUCUUCCGCACCGAGACGCACGUGUUGCCGGCCUCUGAGUCACAGGUCUCCAUCAGUGUGGAAGACUAUGAGGACACCAGAGAGAGCCGCUGGGGAGACACCAUCCAAAGUCGUGGUCCACAUCGCAACUCUACAUCCAGCGACCAGUCUGAGCAUCCAUUACUGCGCAGGAAGAGUAUGCAGUGGGCUCGGAGGCUGUCUCGUAAAGGAGCAAGGCAGCCUGGGAAAUCGGCGUCCGAGAGGAUUAGCCAGCAGAGGAUGAGUCUGUACAGACGCUCAGAACGGCAGGAACUCAAUGCUUUGGUGAAGACCAGAAUGAAACAUCUGGGGCUCUCCACUGCGGAGUACAUGGACAUUAUGGACACAGAUAACUCCUUGUCAUAUAUCCUUAUAAAUCCCCCUCCAGACACCAAUCUGGAAAUCAACGAUGUGGUUUACCUCAUACGUCCAGAUCCACUUACUCUUUCUCCUGAUAAUGCCCGGAAAGCCAGCAUGACACGAUCUGAAGGUACAAUAUUCGAGCCAAAGGACAGCACUCAUCUAUGAAACCUCACCAUCUUGGCUGCUGAGGAGACCUCAAGUGGGAGAUCAGAAGAUAAAAUGUAUGAGAAACACCUCAAGGGAGCUGAAGACUUCAUGUCCACCUUGAGUACAUCACCACAUCCCACCAAAUCAUGGGAAUUAGUGCUCAAGACUUUACCUAAUCCUGUGGCUUGCUUCAGCUCCUUCUGACCAUUCGUUUACUUUUCUGGUACCAAGGAUAAUCUGAAGAAGGCAAAUAUUACGAAGUGAUUUGGAGUGAAGAAGAAAAGUUGGAAAGUCCUAUAUUUUGAUCAUGUAGACAAGACAAGCAAUGUAUUCAAUAUGCUCAGGUGUAAUGGGAUUCUGGGGUUUUAACUUUUAAACAGGUGUUAUUGUAAGUUUGCUCAGGAGCUCAACUUUUUCCCUCAUAGUCAUAUGGAUAUGCUCUUAGAGGUUAUCACCAUUUACUAGAAAAUUCUUUCUUUUCUUGCCCGAGAACAAGUACCCACUUUUUUUAAUAUAGUUUCUGCCCUUCCCUCUCCUGUAUUUUUUUUGUUUUAUAUUGUGCGACUCAAUUCCUGGGCAAUAUUUUCAUCCUUCCUGUUUUUUGAGUGGGAGGAGCUUAAAAGAAGACUGGACAGCUCAGAGAGGCAGUGUAUAGAAGGUAGGGCAUCCUUUGGUGGUCAUACAUGGAGGACCUGUCACAAUCCCUGUUCUGAUGGAUUCAUUUCCUAGGGAUAAUGACACUUUGGGCAAAGUUGUCCUGUAAGUAUAGUAUCUGAAGAAGAUGCAUAAAGGGAUAGUAAAACAUGACUGCUUUCUGCCAGAUAUAGCGCUGCACCUGGUUGUGUCUGGUACUGUCUGUCAGCUCCAUUGUUAAAGAUCUGUUUUUUAAUACAGUACCAACAAGUGAUUGGGCUGUUAAUCGUAAACUACUAUUAGCAGACCAAAAAUUUAUGGAAAUGUCCACUUUAGGUGGAGAAGCCAAUGACUGAAAACCCUGACCCUAAAUAUGACGUGGUCUAUGGGAUACUGCAAGGGCAUUUAGCUUGAAACAAGCCAUUCUGCGGCCUAUUGGCCUAGAUAGAAGUACCGUACAUGAAUUGUGUAGAUCAUUUUGUCUGUGGAAAGGUCUGUCAUAUUAUACACAGAGAGAUAUAAAAAGAUAUAUUUUUGCAUUACUGCUGCAAUAAAAAUAGUCUUCUAUUUCAAUGGGGUGUAUGGGAUAGUGGAGGAAGGAAGGAGUAAUGGGUUCAGGUGUUGGACCUUGAGUUCCUUGGGCUCACCAGAGGGGAUGAUUCUGAGGGCCACUCACCAUCUUUACAGAUAGUGGAAAGAAAGGAGUAACAAGUUCAGGUGUUGGACCUUGAGUUCCUUGGGCCCACCAGAAGGGAUCAUUCUGAGGGCCACCCACCAUCUAUACAGAACAUGUGCAUUGUAAAAUUGUAGUUUAUUUGUGAAUCAGACCCUAGUUGCAAGUGACCGGCCCCACAGUCACCGCCAAAUGGAUUUGUCUUCUUCUAGGGCCAUUAUUGUGUCUGAUCCUUGUCUCACUAAUGGAUCUUUUGCUACUCUAAUGGGCCAGUCCAGUGUUGGGUGUACGUAUUGAUCUCAUGUACGUAUACGCAUUUACUCAAAUGUGUUUAUAAGUCGUUAUUGGUCACAUGAUGUUCAUCAUCCGGGCAUUCGGGGAAAAUCAAGAAGAAAAAUAAUUGCUCAUCUUUGUUCAGCUUUAGUUGUGCCAAUUGUUGAUUUGUCUCUUUGUCCCUGUCUACUGGACUGCGUCACUUGUCUUGGUGCCAUGUGGUAAGUUGAAAUGUUGCCAGUCUGUUUGUUCCUUUUGUCACCGAGGUGCCAAGUGCUGAAUCUGAAUGUCUGAAUCUAGUGGUAUUGCACAUUUUUUCCUGUACUGCCCUAGAGGAAUCAUGCCAUAUUUCCUAUAAAGAAUAAUUAGGUCUAAUUAAAAAUUUAUAUCAGAGGUUCCCAACCUUUUAUGGUCUCCACCAAGGUGUUCAAGUGGUCAGUAAACUACAGUAGUUCUUGAUCUGAGCCAAUUUUAAAGUACUGUUGAAUGGAUGGAUCCUAUGGCCUCAUAGUCCCUUGUGGACCUAUUUUGUCCUUCAUACUACUUAGCUUGAACUGUGAAAUAGGUCAGAUCUUAGGAGUAGGCCUUACUUAAUAGGGCAAGGUUGCUCUAUGAUGCUUUGUCAAAGAAAAAUAGUCUUGCCUUGAAAAUGUCCUCCUAGAGUACCAACCUGGGGUCCAGAAGUAGCCAAGAUAUUAGAAAGAGAACUUCUAAUUCAAGAAUGGUCAUGAGACCUCUCUUUAUCCAUCCGAAUGGCUGAAUGUAAGGGUCAUUAGUCCUAUGCCCUUUGGCAAGAACUUGUAGGUUCAGGUCCAGAAUCCCUAUCUAGAAUAACUGUAUUUCUAGCAAGAAAGGAAGUAUGGAAUUGGUCUAAUUAUGAUAGAAAGGGAGAGGGGCAACCAACAGAUCUUUCUAUCCUGGAUGGCAAAACGUGGCAUGUGACCAUUUUCUAGUCUAUUGAAGGGCUGAGAGGAAGGGCAUUUGCCCUGUUCCAUUUGCUGUAAAAUUCAAGAACAUUCUUUCAUUGGCUGUUAAAUUCAACGUUCAUCUUAAGACAAAAUUCCAAGUGUGACCACUUGCCACUUUUUUAUACUGAAUGGUAAAGAAGAAAGGACAUAAACUCCAGCACCUUUAACUGUUAAGUGGCAAGAACCUGUAGGUCUAUGGUCCUUCUGUUGAGCACCUAAAGUGGAAACUCAUGGGUGGGGGAACUUGGCAUUCUUUUGCCACCCAUGUGACCAUUCUUGAUUCCAUCGAAUGGCUGAAAGGCAGGGUGUUGGUUCCAUCCUCAUUGCUGUGAGAUGGUAAGAACCUGUUGGCGCCCUUUGUCCUGGGUGGCAAAACCUGGUGCCAUAAUGGAGGACCAAGUUUUUAUUAAUAGUUUUCCACAAUAAAUUUGGGGGGGAGUUGGCUUGGCCUAAGAACAUGUGUCAUUAGCUGCUGCUUGGGGAUGACUGAUCUGUACAGUCUUAGAGAUGGCUGGAAAUCUAGCAUUCACUAAAUGUAAAGGGAUG